AUGCCACGACCCAAAGUCCUCCCUGCUAACCGUCUACGGGCCCCGGAAGCCUGUCUCGCGUGCCGGGCUUCCAAGAAGCGCUGUAGCGGUACCUUUCCAUGCUCAAAAUGCAUUCGAAAUGGACGCGCUGACAGCUGUGUUCCAUUCCGGCGAUCGAAUUCCACCUGCAUUUCCGCCCCGCGGCAGACAAGCAAUGUGUAUAGACCCCUGGAAACCCCAGACGCUGGGCGUCGGUCACGGAACACAUCCAGCGCUGGUCUUGGUGGUCUUCCGCAGCUUAUUCCCGCCAUGAACGGGACAUCAGGCGCCCCUCACAAGACUCAUUCUCGCAUGCUGCGGGAUCGAAAGGGUGAACAAGUUUACAUCGGAAGAGCCGCCUCGCUAUCUUUCCUGCAGCUUCUUCGAGACACUGUCACGCAACAUAUUGGCCCGUCGCAGUUCUCGCACGAUAUCACAAAGGAAGACAUGCUUGAGACGGACACCCCGGAUGAGAUACUGCCGUCUUUAGGGAACGAUACGGAUCCUCAGGACGAACAGUCCCAUCUCCGGACCUACCAAAUAGCGACUAGCGGCUUUAUCAAUGUCCUCUCGGACGUGGAGACUUGUCAAAUGCUAGGAACAACACCUCCAACCCAUGAGAAGUCCAACAAGACGAUGGCGGCUUUGCGCGAUAUAAUGAUAGCUAUCGGAGCGCAGUCGUCAAAGAAUGGAUUUGCUUUUAUGCGGGUGGAACGAUUUUUCUUCAAACGUGCCCAGCAAUGUGCCUUCGCGGGCAUGCUGGAGAACCCGAGCUUAGACUUGAUUCGCCUAUUCAUCCUGAUGUCCUUUUACAUGCUAGGUGCCUGCCGUCGAAACGCUGCGUUCAUGUACUUAGGGGUUGCUGCGAGAGCGGCUGCUGCUCUAGGGCUUCAUCUGACUUCCUUCACCCAGCUCGAAGCAGAUGAGCAACAAAAACGGACCCGAAUUUGGAUGAGCCUUUGCACGUUGGACCUACUAGUCAGCUCGAUUCUCGGGCGACCUCCAGCAACAGCCAACCUGUACUCAGAACUAGCAGAUAUGGAAUCCACGCCAUUAACGCGAGCUAUGGACGACAGUCUCGUGGCUUCUUACCAAAUGACUAGGAUUCUCGACGAGAUAAUUUCUAAAUUAUACAACGAAAAAGCGGCCUCAACGGAAGUAGCAGAAUCGCUGCUUGACAAGCUUAAACAGUGGAGUAACGACCUCCCGGAGUCUGUACUAUCCUCACCGAGCACUCCUCAAGAACGCAUUGCCGCCCAGGAACAUAUAAUUGGCAGUCUUCACGUUGCCUGUGCUUAUCACUUUGCUGUCAUCAUAGUAACACGGCCAUUUAUGAUCUCAGUUUUGGGUGUCCGUCUUGCACGCUUACACCAGGACUCGCCGGGAAUAAUACAAGACGAGAUGCUGUUAGAGGAUCCAGCCCAUACAAGGCUGGCAAAUGCCUGCGUGGAGUCCGCAUUAUACAUGAUCCAGACAUGCUUGGAGGUAUACCAAUCUGGCUUGCUGCUAGGAAACAUGUGCAUUCUCAAGGCCCUCGUUUUCGCCGCAGCCCUAAUCCCAGGGUUCUCCAUGUUCUCCCAAAAAGAACUCGAUUCAACUCUCGAAGAAGCAUUUAACGGUGCCCUUGAAAUCCUCCGAGUCCUCUCCAACCAAUCCGCCCAAGCAGCCCACUACUUUGAGAUCCUCAACCUCCUCCGAAACGCAAUCGACGAACAGCGCCAACGCCUCCGUGAAAACCCACCACCGGAUAAAAAAUACGUCAGCAAACUUUUCAGUUUGAAUAACCGCAGAAAUAAUACUUCCUCCCAAUCGCAACGGGGCACAGCAAUCACCUCCCUGCCCGAACCCGAUGGCUCAUCAUCAGAGCUAGCUGUGCAACCUCUCACUGUUACUACUACUGCUGUCGGUGCUUCAUACCCCGGCCCCGAAGACCCGGCUCUUUUCGACCCGGCCAUGGCAGAUGUGUCUGCCACCACUGCUGAAUUUCCUGGCUGGGAGGGUAUGGAUUUGCCGUUAUGGGACAGGUUCCCGUUUAUCGACGACUCGUUUCUCAAUUAG